AUGACUUCCGCUACGACAUUCUACGACUUCAAGGUCAAGGACAAGAAGGGUGCCGAACUGCCCCUAGCCGACUACAAGGGCAAAGUUGUCCUAGUCGUCAACACGGCGUCCAAAUGUGGUUUCACCCCGCAGUACGCCGGGCUCGAGAAGCUAUACAAGGACAUCACUGCGAAGCACCCGGAUGACUUCAUCAUCCUCGGCUUCCCCUGCAACCAGUUCGGCGGCCAGGAGCCCGGCACCGACGACGACAUCCAGAGCUUCUGCCAGGUCAACUACGGCGUCACCUUCCCCAUCCUGGGCAAGACGGACGUGAACGGCGACAAGGCCGAGCCGUUGUUCGAGUGGAUGAAAGCCGAGAAGCCCGGCCUCCUCGGCAUGAAGCGGGUCAAGUGGAACUUUGAGAAGUUCCUGAUCGGCAGGGAUGGCAAGGUCAAGGAGAGGUGGGCUAGUACCACGAAGCCCGAGAGCUUGGAGUCGCCCAUCCUGGCGGAGCUCGAGAAGAAGGCGUAA